AUUGGUCGACGAAUAAUAUUCCCUCGAUUCUCGUUUUCAACAAUUAUCGAUUUACGACAUCGAUGAUGUCUAACAAAUAAUAAGCUUGUUCUAUCAUAGAAAUAAACAGCCUUAUUUUUGUAAACAAUUGGAAUUAUGUCUGGAGAAACAAUAGAUAAUUAUAUUUUAAUAUGUGACGAAGGGAACAUGGGGCAGAGUUCCAUAGAAGAUAAACUUUUCGAUGAAAUUAUUGGACAUAUAGAAGAUAUUUUAUUAGAAGACGAUUUCCAUGCUAUUCAAAAAAAAUUUUUAGAUAAUUACUGGGAUGUUUUUGAGCCUGCAGAAGAAAAUAAAUUAAUUUACACAAAUAUAUUUAAUGAAUAUACUAAGGCCGUGGAAAAUUAUAUUGUUAAUUACUUACAAAAGGUUAUACCAGAUUUUAAUAUUAACACAUUUUUAAAACAUUUAAAUAAUAAGCAAAAUGAAUUGGAAGGUGAAGUAUUCGAAGUGCUAUCAACAUUCACAGACUUUAUGUCCUUCAAAGAAAUGUUCCUCGACUAUAGAGCUAUGAAGGAAGGGAAAAUUCAAGAUCUUAGUUAUGGAAUAUCUAUCACAUCUCUCAAAAGUUGUACAUAUGACAAUAAUUCUUUUGGCUAAAAUAUUUUAUCAAUAAAAUAAAUAUAUUUUAAACAUACUAAAAAAAUAAA